ACAGGUGCGGCGCUCUCAGACACGCUCUCUCUGACGUCACCGCGGAGAGCAGCGAGCGGAGCGGGGAGAGAAAGUGCGGUCGGUGGACCAGGGAAGGCGAAGCUCUCCGCGCAGAGCAGUCUGCUGGAGAAUUCACCAGACAUCUUACCUGAAGACGAGGUGCCCUCAUUGGAUUAUUUUCUCAUCCCAAUAGCCGCCAAAGAUAGGGACUUUUCUAUAUAUGUUAUUGUUUUUAUUCACACGUAGGAUCAUUAUCCAGAACAUUUUUUUUCCUGCUGAAUGACUAGCCUUUUUUUAUUUGGUUUUCCCGUUCCCUUCACCCCGCUUUCCAAACCCUUGUCUGUGUUUAAUAAUUUCACACCUUCGCUCUUCCUCUGAUUCCACCCAACAUUCCCUGUUAAAGAUUCACCACCAGGAAAAUGGCUGAGCAAGACAUGCUUGUCCGAGAACAGCUGAAGCUCAUUUAAAUCUGUGGACUCCUACAGUGAAGUGAAGAACAACCCCAAACAGGUUCAGCUCCAGGCUGCUAAUAAGACCAGCUGUAUGAGGGCCAGGCCGGGCUCUUUGCAAGGGUGCAUCUGUGUGAAACCAGGUGGUUGGCCUGCAGAGCCACGUCUGGUGUGAACAUGAACAUGACUAUGAAUGUGAACAUGAACCUCAGCACCAAGGAUGGGAAGAUUUUAGAUGGAGGUUUGAACGUCAUGCUGACCAUACGGCUGCUGAUGCAUGGAAAGGAAGUUGGAAGCAUAAUUGGAAAGAAAGGAGAAUCGGUAAAAAAGAUGAGGGAGGAGAGUGGAGCACGGAUCAAUAUCUCAGAGGGUUCAUGUCCAGAGCGCAUUGUCACCAUCACGGGUCCCACAGAUGCCAUCUUCAAGGCCUUCUCCAUGAUAGCGGUCAAGUUUGAAGAGGAGAUCAAUGCAUCCAUGACAAACAGCACGGUGACCAGCAAGCCUCCGGUGACGUUACGACUGGUGGUUCCAGCCAGCCAAUGCGGUUCACUCAUAGGCAAAGGAGGAUCCAAAAUCAAGGAGAUCAGAGAGACCACAGGGGCCCAAGUUCAGGUGGCAGGCGACAUGCUACCCAACUCUACAGAAAGAGCAGUCACCAUCUCAGGCUCCCCAGAAGCCAUUAUCCAAUGUGUGAAGCAGAUCUGUGUAGUCAUGCUAGAGUCUCCACCCAAAGGUGCAACCAUUCCUUACCGCCCCAAGUCCACAUCAACACCCAUCCUUUUUGCUGGAGGACAGAUGCGCACAGACACCAUUCUAGGGUCAGCAGGGACCCCUGCUGUAUUAGCACAGCCUCAGCCCACAUCAGAUGUGCCUGAGAUAUGGUCUGCGGGUCCUAAGACAUUCACAAUCCAGGGGCAGUAUGCUAUUCCCCAUCCAGACUUGACCAAGCUUCACCAGUUGGCUAUGCAGCAUUCCCCCUUUACCCCCCUUGGGCAGAACAACCCCACCUUCCCUGGCCUGGACACAAGCACACCAGCCAGCUCUCAUGAGUUCACCAUUCCCAAUGACUUGAUUGGAUGUAUCAUUGGCCGGCAAGGAAGCAAGAUUAAUGAGAUCCGGCAGAUGUCAGGGGCCCAGAUCAAAAUUUCAAAUGCUACAGAAGGAUCCGGUGAACGUCAAGUCACCAUCACGGGACCACCAGCUAACAUCAGCUUAGCACAGUACCUCAUUAAUGCCAGCUUAGAACUGGCUAAAGUCAACAGCCCGACUGCUGCUGUCACGACCCCUGUUGACCUCAACAUCAGCCUCUCUCAAUCCACCCCCCCUUGUUCCACCCCCUCCUCUAUGGCCGUCCUGGCAGCCGCCGCUGUGUCUGCCGCGGCCAGUGCCACAUCCCCUCCCGCCCUGCCCACGUUACCCAGCACCCACUACGCCGUGCCCGUCUCCAGUCUGCUUGGCAUGAAAACCGUCCCGCUCCUCGCGCUUAAUGCCGCGGCGGCAGCCUCCAGUGCAGCAUACACCACCAAAAUCCCAACCACUGCCGCAGUCAAGAAAUCAGACCGCCAGAAGUUUGCUCCAUACUGAGAAAAGAUGAUUAACACUUUUGUUUUGUUUCAUUUUAAGCCCUAAUUUGAAGCUCUGGGUAGACUGUACUUUCAUGCCCUAUUAUAUAAACAAAAUUAUGUCCAUGUGUUAACAUGUUUGAAACCUUAUUUUUUCUUUUGUAAACUGACUUCUGAUAAACAGAGAGAUGUUUCCAACAGCUCCAGUUAUGUGUUGAACAAACAAAUCUUUUGUGUAAUAGCCAUAAACAUGAAGAGUCUUCCACACUAAACCAUAUUACAUACAUACGUUAAUAAAAGACUCUUUUCUCAAGACUAAUCAGAAGCAAUUUUACACAAGAAUCAAACAAACUUCUGUCUAGUUUACUGCCAACAUCGCCAAUGCAUGUUAGACAAAGCUGAUAUCUUUAAACUUUGAGCUAUUGCAACUAUUACUCCACUAUAAAAUUUAAAUCACAGACAAGGAACUGAAGAUUAAAGUACCAAUGACAGUAUGAACAAAUGGCUGUAAUUUCUUGAAAGUAUGCCAGUCACAGUAUGAAACCUUCUGUCACUAACCCCAGUCAUCAUGAACUUAAUGUCUCUAACAACAACACUGUAAAGUGUGUGGAAACAGGUGGUGUUCUGUGUUUCAUUUUCAAUGGGAUUGUUUUGUGUUUUUGUUAGUCUUCCUGCAUGACACCUUCCUUCACCACUUCCAGCUCCAAUGUCACUUUUACAAACAUCCGAAUUAACAUAGCACCGGGCAGACCGAGGAAUCGUUAGCAUAGCGAAAGACGAAGAGACUUACCUGGCGGAACGGAAAACGGCUUUUUAUUGUAGUUCUUGACAGGACUGCAAAUGACACUCAACGAACCCCAAACCCGCCUCAUAAACACAAGGUGCACCCAUGGUGGGAGAUUUAUAGAAGCUACGAACACAGCAGGAUGGGACAGGGUACACGCAAAACACGGGCAAACGUACACGCCUCGAUCGGGAAGGCAGCUUUAACACCAACAAUAUAACAAGGGAUAUUUACGAUUCACCCUCGAGGAUGCCGGGAUAUGCUGACCCCGCCGGACACAAUUAAGCUAUAAAAUUUACUUUUUGAAAAGAUAUAAAAACGGAACUGAUGGGUUAUAUUUGGGAUGAAUAGAGAGGUGAGCCAAUAAAAUACAAUUAUGUAUAUGGUGACUAUACAGCUAUCAAUUCAUUACACCGGAGUAGUUCUCCAGCCUGCCUGUCCCCCAAAACAUCUAUUCCCUUCUGUAUUUUAAAUGUGUAUAACCUCAUUCUAUUUAUUUUUAACCUAUUUUUUAACCAAAAUUGCGAAGGCAAUAUCCAGCUCACACUAGUGACCUCUGGUGGUAUUUUUUAUUACGUAACUAAAGUCCAGUAUUCCAGUAAUAGAAUACCUUAGUUCUAAGCUGUUAACUGUAUUACUGUGAUUGAUCUCUUUUUAACACUAAAUCCUAUUGGCUUGUGCUGUGAGAUGAAGUAUUUUUCAUUCUUCCCUGCACACACACCAAAUACACAUCAAAUUCCAUUUAUUUUAUAUUCACAUUUCGCCAUUUAGUGAUUUACUCUUGUUUUAAUGUAAAUAAAAUCUGAUAAAUGGACAGUGUAGAGAUACUUAUUAUUUUUCUUAACAGAAAGUAACAUUAAUUCUUUAUCAAAAUCAAGUUUAUCCGUUUAACACCACUGGUAUGGAAAAAUGCUUAUUCUGCUCUGAUGUUUAAGUUAUAUAUAGAAAUACUGUUAUCCUCUGUAGACAGUUGUUUCAUUUCAUAUUACAUAAUGGAUGUGAUUAUGGUAAGCUUUGAUAUUUUAACAAAUCAAUAAAUAAUCUGGCUGACGAUUAACAACAUCAUGAAUAACAAAAGGCAUAAGAGAGACUCAGGGUUGAAAUGGGCCUGCACUGCUUAAGGUUCAUGCCUGGAGCCUGACAUUCAUUCGGGGCUUGUUAGAAGCAGUUCAAUCUUUAACUGACUUUGUAUUUAUACUUGUGCUUCACGCUGCCUUUUGGUUUUUGCCCCCAACCGAUGCCUCAUAUCCACCCCAACACUGCUUUCCCACCCCAACAGCCGCACCCGAUGCCCCAUAUCCACCCCAACACUGCUUUCCCACCCCAACAGCCGCACCCGAUGCCCCAUAUGCACCCCAACACUUACUCACACUGGCAGAGAGCUGCACACAUGCCUGCAACAGAAUUUUCUGCCGCGUAAAGCUGUUAUGAAGUGAUGCACAUGCAAUCAGUUAAGCAAAUAAUAUAUUUUGUGUUUUGCUGCAUAUUGUAAUAUAAUCCUCAUCCCAUAUAUCAUAUAUAAAUGCCCUUCCACUGCAUAAUGUAUAUAACCACAUUCAUCUGGUCAGACUUCAUCAAAUGAAAUUGCACUAAAGUUAUUAAAUUCUCUGUUCUACCCCGCAGCAAUAUCACAUUACUUUCUAAAGUACUGAAGUAUGGACAGAACACAGCUCCACAGCUUGUGAAACUGUGCAAUCAGUUUGUUGUUCUCAUCUCUGUGAAGGGACGAAUAGUAAGAAUUGUCCUGCUCUUUGUUCUUUUCUGGUUUUCUCCAAACUUUAGGCUGUCUUCUGAAGUGUCAGGCCUGGGAGCUCUGUAGUAGCUCUGCUGCUGCUGUCAGCAGAUUAGCAUCCCGAGGGGCAGUUCCUUAGCCACAUGGGCUUCCUAUGGACUUCCUAUGCUGUGAAGAAUUCCUGCCAUUCAUUCAUCUCUCAGACGAAAGUCCGAUCCUCUUUAAGCAAAUGUGCUUCCUGAUCUGUGUUUUGUCAUUUUCUUAAACGGUUUUAUUUUCCUCGGUCUAGUUGGGACUAGGGCUCAGUUUUUGUGUCUUUGUAAAAGCAUGAUCUUCUAGUUAUUCAGGUCCGUAUCUUAAAUUUUGUCUACAUUACUAAGCAAAAUUAAAUGCCGAUUUUUAUAAGUGAAGCAUUCCUGGGAUGACGUCUGUUGUUGUUUUAACCUUCAGUUUUGAAGCUGGUGUACCUUCUCUGGACCUAGUCAAUGGUCUCAGUGUGUUACAGUUCCACCUGCGGCUGAAUUUUAUUUUUUACUUUUAAAUAAAACUUGCAUUGAUAUGUUUUGCUGCUGUAUAAACACGCAGUAUAUUUACUGAGCUUCAGGGAACUUUUCAGUACUUGUACAGCUGUGCUGUAAAAAUGGAUACACCUAAUAAAUCUGAAUCAGUAUUACACAU